UGUAACCGUUCCUAUAGCCAUAUCCUUAAAACGGUUACUUGGGUCGAAAUGUCAAUUUAGUAAAUGCUGUUUUGAAGUCCAACGGGUUUCCUUGUUUUGUUUUAUAUUUUUGAAGCCACUAGGUUUGUGCUGCAAAAUGACUUCAUGUAAAUAUUCCGAGCAACUCGCUAAUAUGAAGCGACUAAAAGACAAAAUGAAGGCAUUGUACCAUGAAACAGUGGAACAGGAGCCGACGGAUUCGCACUGGGACACCGUUUACUGUAACAUUAACAACGUGAUGGAGCAACUCAAAAUGCACAACCUGAAAGCACAGCAACAUCAAAGCACAGAUCCAUGGUCCGAAAAGGAUAUGGUUAAUUUAAACAAAAUACUUGCACUUACUUACGCUUGUAUCAAGGAUUGCGGUAACAUCAAGCAACAUGAUGGCUACGACUGUACAAGCAAAGAUGAUAACUCAGCAGACAUUCCUGGAUUUGGAGAGCAAAUGGUCAGAAUGAAACGACAAAUUGAUUUGAUUUCAUUCGAAAUAACUAAACUGAAAGCGGUCAAGGACGCUCUCGACAACAUUUACUCGAACUAUAAUGUGGAAAUGGCUGUUUCAUCAAAUGAGCAAGAUAACGAAGAAGAGUGUGAUGAGGCAGUGGACGAUGUUUUCAUCUAAUUCUUGCGCAAUGAUAUAAGUAACAUGUACAUAUUAAAGGUUUUCAUUGUAAAACAAUUACUUUUAAUCGUGUUAUGGUGAUCCUACUUCGAGAUAAGAUAUUGUGUGUUGUUGCUAAAGCCGUGCUCGAAUGAAGUGUUUUCUGUCAACUUCACACCACCAAGGUAAAUAUAGUGCCCAAAUAAUCGAUUUGAAUGGUGCAAUAUGUACAGUCUCCUCCCGAAAUACGCGGUUUAUGCGUUCCCGUGGCAUCCGCGUAAAGGCCUUAGGGCG